AUGGCCUCGUCCAAGCUAACUAAGUCUCCAACUAUUAAGCGUAUCCUCCGAGAAGCCGCAGAGCUUGCUCAGUCCCCCUCUCCCGACUUCCAUGCUGCACCUGCCAAUGAUUCGGACCUCUUUGAUUGGCAUUUCACCAUUCGAGGACCUCCUUCGUCUGAAUUUUCUAAAGGUAUCUACCAUGGUCGUAUCGUGUUGCCCCCUACAUAUCCUCUUCGGCCGCCAUCUUUCCGCUUCUUAAAUCCUAGCGGGCGGUUCGAAGUAAAUCGCGAAAUCUGUCUGAGUAUAAGUGGUCAUCAUGAAGAAACUUGGAUGCCAGCUUGGGGUAUCCGUACAGCUUUAAUGGCGUUGCGAACUUUCAUGGAAACUGAUCCUCAAGGACAACUAGGGGGAAUGAAAUGUACAACUGCCGAGCGAUUAAGAUAUGCCCAAGGCAGUACCAGGUGGAUCUGCAAUGUGUGCCAAAAAUCCAAUGAAGAUAUAUUGAAAGAAUGUGAAUCGGCAUGUAUCAACAUGCAAAUGGAACACAACCUAAGUGAAAGCGAGCUUCCGAAUGAGCUCAAGAUUGUUUAUAGGGAUGAAAUAACUCGAGAAAACACAAGGAAGAUUGAGAAUUUAGGAGCCAUAGACACGGAUUCCAGAGAGCUCGAGGGGAAGCAAGCUGACGAUGUUGCUGUUUCGGUAGAGCAGCCUACUCCAGCAAGUCUUUCAUCUCAUUCCAAAUCUAGCUCACCAGAAGUAUCACUGAGAUUUCGGGAUAAAUCACGCCAAUCAUGCCAAGUAAAAGAAGAUAAAAAAAUAUCUGGAACUUCUCCAGCAUGGAUUGAUCUUGCCAUAACAGUUUUGGUCAUCUGUUUGGCGGCCAUGGUCAUCAAAGUGUUAUUAGCAUUAUAA